GAGAGUAUCUAUAAGGAGUUCUUCUCGCAAGGUGACUUGGAAAAGCAGAUGGGUAAUCGUCCAUUGGAGAUGAUGGACCGUGACCGUGCUUGUGUACCGAAAUUGCAACUUGAAUUCAUGGAUACCAUCGCACUUCCUGUUUUUGAAUACUUGUCGCAGUUAUUGCCCGAAAGUAAAAGUACCUAUGAAUCAAUGUUAUUCAAUCGGAAAUGCUGGCAAGCUUUGGGUGAAAUACUAGCGGAAGAGGAUUUCCCAACAUUGGGCCUGGAUUAUCUCAGGGAUUCAGCGCUAGAAGAACAGAUAGGAGGAUGUGCGCAGAAGCGUUUUAACUAA